AUGUCCACCGAAAAAGAGACGACGCAGGUCAACGCCAGCCCGUACGGCUUGGCCGAGACUGAUGCAGACAAAGAGUCCCAAACAACGCAGCAAGCCCGGGUCAAUGACUGGUCAGCAGAAGAAGAAGCGGCGGUGGUCCGCAAGAUAGACCUGCUCGUCAUGCCUCUGCUGAUUGCCGGCUUCUUCGUCCUGCAACUCGACCGCGGCAACAUUGGCAACGCGCUCACCGACUUCUUCCUCGCCGAGGUGGGCAUCACCCAGCUCCAGUUCAACAUUGGCAACCAGCUGCUCAGCCUGGGCAUCGUCCUCCUCGAGCUGCCGAGCAACCUCGUGCUCUACCGCGUCGGGGCGCAGAAAUGGAUCAGCUGCCAGAUCAUAUGCUGGGGCCUGGUGGCCACCUUCCAGGCCUUCAUCAAGGGGAAGGGGGUCGGCGUCUACUACGCCACCAGGCUGCUCCUCGGCCUGCUCGAGGCCGGCUUCAUCCCCGCCGGGCUGUACACCCUGACGCAGUGGUACAAGCGCAACGAGACCAGCAGGCGCUUCACUGCCUUCUUCCUGGGGAACAUGACGGCCAGCGCGUCGAGCGGCCUCAUCGCCUACGGGGUCCUGCAGAUGCGAGGCACGGCGGGCCUGUCCGGCUGGCAGUGGAUGUUUCUCAUCGAGGGCAUGCUCACGAUACUCGUCGGGGUCAUCUUUGCCCUCCUGAUGCCUCAGUCCCCUGCUCGCCCGUCCAAUAUCCUGCAGCAUUCUUACUUCACCCCGCGAGAGAUUCACAUCCUCACCCACCGUGUGGCCAAUGACAGUCCUACAGAUGGACCCAAGCCCAAGUAUGUGCGGCUCGCUGAUGUCAAGGCGGCAUUCUCUCGAUGGUACAUUUACCCUCAGCUCUUGGUGUCCUUUUGCUCCAUCGCCGUUAUCUCUCCACUGAGCACGUACAAGCCGUCCAUCAUCGCAACAUACGGCUAUGAUCGGCUUCAAGCCAACGCCCUGUCUUCCGUCAGCGAUUGGAUCGUCAUCGUGGUUAAUCUAUCGGUGGGAUGGAUUGCCGACAAGACGCAGAGGCGAGGUGGCCUCGUUUUGCUUCUUGUUGUGCUGAGUUUUGCUUUUUGCCUUGCGACUCGGCAGCUGGUUUCCAGCACCAGUCGCGAUCUCAAGUACGGUAUCCUCACCUGCACGACGAUAUGGGGUUCCGUGGCCCAUCCGCUCAAUGGCUCCUGGCUGGCCGUCAACAUUAGCAAUCCCGCGGAGCGCUCCAUCACUCUGGCUCUGCUCAUCAUGACGGUCAACACUGCGGGUCUUGCAGGCGCGCAGAUCUUCCAGGCACACGACGCGCCGCUCUACAGGACGGGCUUUACAGUCAUUUUGACGCUCGCGUCCAUAGCUCUUGCGUUUGGGAUCGCUGCCAACGUGCAGUACGUGUGGCUCAACAAGAAGCUGGGCAAGAAGGAAGAGGUUGAUGACGAGGCAGGAGAGGUGGGUCAGAGAUGGCGGUUCUCAUUGUAA